UCCCUUGGCUCUCACACCAGAGCUCAGGAACCAGUGAAAGCUUCUCAUCUCGAGAGCCCCCCAAAUCCUCUCUAAUGGCGGCCAUCAAACUUUCUCUGGGCUCUUUUCUAGUGCUGGGUCUUCUGCUUUUGGCCAAUGCAGCCAAGUUUGAUGAACUCUUCGAGCCCAGUUGGGCUCUGGAUCAUGUCGCGUAUGAUGGCCAAUUGCUCCAACUCAAGCUCGACAAUUUCUCAGGCGCCGGCUUCGCAUCCAAGAACAAGUAUCUGUACGGAAGAACCACCUCCGAGAUAAAGCUCGUCCCAGGCGACUCGCCGCACCGUGACGGCAUUCUACAUUGGUCGGACGGCCCGCGCCACACGAGUUCGACUACGAGUUCCUCGCAACAGACCGCGCGAGGCCCUACCUCGUCCAGACAACAUCUACGUCAACGGCGGGGCAACCGCGAGCAAGUCGCCACACGCUGGCUAUUCGCCCACCGCCGACUUCCACUCCUUACUCCAUCCUCUGGAGCCGGAAAGCGGGUCGUCUACGCUGCGUGCGACGCAGACCCCGAUCAGGGUCUACGAGAAAAGAACGGGGUGUCGACUUCCGACGGACCAGGCGAUGGGGGUUUACAGCUCGCUGUGGAAACGCGGACGACUGCGGACGCAGCGGUGGCAAGGUGAAGACGCGAUUGUCGCAUUCGCCGUUCGUGACGACGUACCGAGAGUUUGAGAUUGAUGGGUGCAGGGUUGGGGUGGGGAUGGAGGAGGAGGAGGAGGGGGUGAGGAGGUGCAAGGGGGAGGCGGGGUACUCGUGGAAGGAGAAGGUGAUGGAGGAGGAGUUGAACGUGCACCAGAGUCAUCAGUUGAUGUGGGUGAGGGCUAAGCACUUGGUGUAUGAUUACUGUGCGGACGCGGCUAGGUUCCCUUCCAAGCCCAAGGAGUGUUGGUGAGCUAGGAAUAUUUAUGUGAUGUACAUUAAUUAAGAUAGGUUUUUUUAUUUUUAUAGUUUGUUUUCUUCCCGUGUUUAUGUGCUGAAAGGUCUGUUUAACGAUUAGCGUUUCAAUUUACUUGCAUUUUAAGCUGUUUUUUUA